AUGGCUUCCCUCCUCCCCGCCCUCUCGAUCUCAAUCCCGUUGUCUUCCAACCUUCCUCAAUACCCCCUCCUUGCCUUCCUCCCCAUCUCCCUCCUCUCCUCCCUCUACCUCUCCCUCCUCUUCUCUCUCUCCCCUCCCUCCAUCGCUCCGCUGUCCCUCCAUCCUUCCCGUCUUUCACGAUUCAACUUCGACUCUUUUCCCGUCCCACUGCUCUAUGCCGUGCACCACACCUUGCACCUGCCAUACCAUCCGCACCCUCAUCUGAUGGCUCUGUCUGCCCAUGCGGAGGCCAUCCGCUCAAUGGUGCAGGCAGUGAGGAGGCUGGCGUUUGGCCUUGAGGGUCGGAAGGCACAGGGGGAUGAAAUGAAAGAGGAGAAAUACGAGGAGGGGGAGAAGCAGCGGGAAGAGGUGAACGAGGAAAGGGAGGAGGCGCAGGAGGAGGGGGAGAGGGACGAGGCAGAGAAAACGAGGGAGAGAAUGGAUGAGCCGAUGGGGAACGGGAUUGAAAUCUCCAAGAAUGAAGAUGGGAAGCAAGGGGUUGAGGAAGGGCCAGAGUUCGAGCAAGAAGGAGCAUGGGACGAGGCAGAGGAAGGGGAAGGGCUGGGCACAGUGCCAGCAGAGCAAGGGGCAGAGCAAGGGGCAGAACAAGGGGCCCAGCGAGGUUCAGGGGAGGGGCAAGCAGGCGAUGCGGACAGCGAGUCAGUGAGGCAAGCGGUUGCCCAGGAGGAAGCUGUGCAAGAGGAAGUGUUUGACAAUCUUUCCAUGGUGCAGUUUCUCUACUUGUUUGGCCCUUCCUCCUCUCCAAUCCUCCUCUCCUCCCUCACACUCUCGCUGUCUCCUCUUCUUCGACUGUUGCCCUCAUCCCUGUUUCUCAUCCCACCCCUCCUUCAUUCCCCCACUGGUCCACCCCAGCCACUCAUCUCCGCCGCUUACAGUAUUGGGAGCAGAGUAGGGGCAAGAGCAGAUUCAGGAGGGGCGGUUACCAUGAAUGUGCAGGAGAGGAACGCAAACAGGGGAGGAGGGGGAAGAUGGGAGGGGAGAGCAGGAGAAACGCUGGUGGGGAGGGCGCAUCAGCGGCUGGUUGGUGGGAGAGCAAGCAAAGCAGAGUGGCUCCCUCGCCUACUACCUCCAUUUCUCUCCCUCGCCUACUACCUCGCCUACUUGCAACCAUCCAUCACCUCGCUCGUUCUUUACGAUGUCUACCGCGUCGCCUUGAAACUGCUCCUCUGCCUCCCAUCCCUCACAUCCCUUCACUUCCACGAAACUUCCAUCCAACCCGAAGCUCUGCCACUCUUCCAGUCUGCUUCUCGGCUCCACCGGAUCGUCAUAGCCUGUGUUGAACCCUUCAACUUCCUUCCUUACCUGUCAGGAAACCGCCAUGCCAACCUGCACCCCCAAUCUGAUCCCACCAGCCAACUCAAGCCAUUUCAGCUGUUUGCAGGCUUCAGAGAGCUGCAUGUGAGUCGCGUGACUGACUCUAUUCUGCAGCAGGUGGGCGCGUUGACAAGCCUUGAGUAUUUUUCCUACACAUGCAGCAAGGGGCUGCAUGCAGUAGAGCCCAGCACCACAUCACUGCGAUCCCUCUCCACCAUCACGCACCUCACAACCCUCCACAUCACCGGUACGCCGCUUGAUGACUCUGACCUGCUGGGCUUGAGAGGCCUCUCGUUGCUCACAAAACUCAGCCUGAUUGUCUGCCCUUUUGAAGCAGACCGGGCUGUGAGGUCGGUGAUUCAAGGCAUGACGCAGCUGCAAUCAGUGGACCUAUCAGGAACGGCGGUCAGCCAAGGCGCUGGUGUGCAUCUGCAAGCGCUUGAGCGGGUGGAGCGGUUGAAGCUGCAGUAG